AUGGCCCCGAUGAAGAGGAAGUGCAUCUGCGACCUGUGCUCCUGCGGGCGGCAUCAUUGUCCACAUCUCCCUACCAAGAUUUACGAUAAAACAGAGAAACCAUGUCUUCUCUCCGAAUACACCGAGAACUACCCUAUCUAUCACUCGUACCUGCCCAGAGAGUCCUUCAAGCCCAAGAGGGAGUACCAGAAAGGGUCCAUACCAAUGGAAGGCCUGAGCACAUCGAGGAGAGAUUUUGGGCCCCACAAAGUGUUACCAGUGAAGAUCUACCAGCCGGACCAGUUCGUCCCAAGUGAAGAGAAUAUGGAUCUGCUCACGACGUAUAAGCAAGAUUACAACCCCUAUCCCAUCUGUCGAGCGGAGCCCAUCAAACCUCGGGACAGCAAAUAUCCAUGUGGUGACAGGAUGGAGUCUCUGCCCACUUACAAAGCUGAUUAUUUACCCUGGAACCAACCAAGACGAGAGCUAAUUCGUCCAGACCACAAAUACCGGCCAGAAUCUGCUAGGUUUGAAAAUAGAACCACACACCAGGAUGAUUACCCUUUAAAGGGUCUAGUGAAAACCAUGAGCUGUAAGCCUCCAGCCAUGCCCAAGGUCUGUAACAUCCCCCUGGAGGAUCUGACUAACUACAAGAUGAGCUACGUGGCCCACCCUAUAGAGAAGCGUUUUGUGUAUGAGGCAGAGAAGUUCAAACCCUGUGAAAUCCCCUUUGAAAGCAUCACCACCCACAAACAGUGCUUCCGGGGCCUGAUGGGGGAGCCAGCCAAGAGCUUGAAGCCUCCAUCCAGGUCCUGCAUAUUAGACACACCUUUCUCUAACACCACUGAGUUUCGAGAUAAGUACCAAGCGUGGCCAACGCCCCAGUUGUUCUACAAACCUCUUGUCCCCUACGUCCCUCCGGAAGAAAAGAUGGACCUUAUCACAACAGUGCAGUCCCAUUACACGUACCCUAAGGGGGCUCCAGCUCAGUCCUGCCGACCAGUGGUUUGCAUCAAGAAAGGUCCCCGCUUCGAAAGCUCCACAACCAACAGGGAUGACUACAAGCAGUGGGCCAGCAUACGCAUGGAGCCAGUCAAGCCCGUUCCCCAGCUGAUCCGUCCCACCGAGCCCUUGGACUGUCUGACCACCACCAGGGCCCACUAUGUGCCCCACCCACCCAUCAGUACCAAAAGCUAUAAGCCCCUCUGGUCUAGUCCCCAAGCAAAGGUCCCUGUGGAGGGCCAGACCACAUACGCCAUCAGCUUUACUCCCAAGGAUUUGGGCAGGUGCUUGGCUUCAUACCCUGAGCCCCCCGGCUACAUCUUUGAAGAAACAGAUGCUUCGGGGCACAGGAUAUACAGGCCAGUUUCCCCCACAGGCUCUCAGCGGAACAGCCCUCUUUCUGUAGGUGAUUCCAAAAACCCUAACCAUCAGGAGUUGGCAGUGUCAGCCUGAUUUUUAAAAAAAAUUAUUUAGAAAUUGCAAAAUACUUUAAAAAAAAAAACCCAGAUGAUUGAAAGUUAUUUGUUGGACAGAAAAGAAAUUCCCCCAAAUGAAAAAAAAAAUCUUCAUCA